UUGAACUGAAUAUCUCCAUUGCCGGCGCCGGAGAUGGAGCUGGGAAGAAAUCUCUGCUUCCUCUUCUCUCCACUGCUCAAAAUUAUGAACUAAAAUCCUCUUAAUCGAAAUGCGUAGCUCUUCAAUCUCAUCUUCUUCAAUGCAAUUAGAAUCAACUUCACCCUUUUCUUCCGCCAUCCCCUUGUUUCUUCUGGGAACCAGAAAUCACGCCCCAAUACGCCUCAACAAGAUCAAACGAAAGCCCACAACUCCAAUUAUAAUCCUCAGAGCCUCAGCUUCUUCGAAAUCAAAAGAUGUAUGGAGAAGAAGAACCCCGUCUGGAGAUUCAACGGCAUCGCCAUUUCCCCAAAAGUACCAACGCAGCGCGAGAAGGCAGCGAGAGCCCCCGCAUUUGGACCACAGCGUCGACAUGGACGAGCUUUUAUCGUCAAUUGGGCAGACGAAGAACGAACAGGAGCUGUACUCGGUGCUGUCCCCGUAUAAAGGGCGCCAGCUUUCGAUCCGGUUCAUGGUAUCGCUUCUGUCGCGCGAACCGGACUGGCAACGGUCGCUCGCGAUUCUUGAUUGGGUCAACGAAGAGGCUCUUUACACGCCCUCGGUGUUCGCUUACAAUGUUGUUAUCCGCAAUGUACUGCGCGCGAAGCAGUGGGAGAUUGCACACGGCCUGUUCGACGAAAUGCGCCAGAGAGCUCUUGCGGCUGAUAGGUAUACUUAUUCCACUCUCAUCACUUGUUUUGGGAAAGAGGGGUUGUUUGAUGCUGCCCUCUAUUGGCUUCAGCAAAUGGAGCAAGAUCGGGUCUCAGGGGACCUUGUUUUGUACAGUAAUUUGAUUGAGCUUUCUCGUAAACUCUGUGAUUAUUCAAAGGCCAUUUCCAUUUUUUCAAGAUUAAAGAGAUCCGGGAUUACUCCAGAUAUUGUAGCCUAUAAUUCCAUGAUAAAUGUGUUUGGAAAAGCUAAGCUUUUCAGAGAGGCUCGUUUUUUGUUGAAGGAGAUGAGGGCUGUGGGUGUUGUGCCGGAUACUGUUAGCUACUCGACUUUACUCAGUAUGUUUGUUGAGAAUGAGAAGUUUUUGGAGGCUCUGUCUGUGUAUUCUGAGAUGAUGGAGGUCAACUGCCCGCUUGAUCUUACUACUUGUAAUGUUAUGAUUGAUGUUUAUGGUCAGCUGGAUAUGGUGAAGGAGGCUGACCGGCUGUUUUGGAGCAUGAGGAAGAUGGGAAUUGAGCCGAAUGUUGUGAGUUAUAAUACCAUUUUGAGGGUUUAUGGUGAGGCUGAGCUUUUCGGGGAAGCGAUACACCUUUUCCGCUUGAUGCAGAGGAAGGAGAUUGAGCAGAAUGUGGUGACAUAUAACACCAUGAUCAAGAUAUAUGGGAAGUCUCUGGAGCAUGAAAAGGCAACGAAUCUUGUGCAAGAGAUGCAAAAUAGAGGGAUUGAACCGAACGCGAUUACAUACUCGACAAUAAUUUCGAUAUGGGGGAAAGCAGGAAAGUUGGAGAGAGCUGCAAUGCUGUUUCAGAAGCUGAGAAGCUCUGGGGCUGAGAUUGAUCAGGUUCUUUACCAGACCAUGAUUGUGGCCUAUGAGAGGGCAGGCUUGGUUGCUCACGCCAAGCGUUUGCUUCACGAGCUGAAGCAACCAGACAACAUUCCGAGGAAGACAGCAAUUACCAUUCUCGCUAGAGCUGGUCGAAUCGAAGAAGCGACAUGGGUUUUUCGACAGGCGUUCGAUGCAGGAGAGUUGAAGGACAUAUCCAUUUUUGGGUGCAUGAUUGAUCUGUUUUCGAGGAACAAGAAGCACAAAAAUGUUGUGGAGGUAUUUGAGAAGAUGAGAAGUGUGGGACAUUUCCCCAACUCUAAUGUCAUUGCCCUUGUCCUAAAUGCUUAUGGGAAGUUGAGGGAUUUUGACAAGGCUGAUGCUGUGUACAUGGAGAUGCAGGAAGAGGGCUGUGUUUUUUCCGACGAAGUACACUUCCAGAUGCUCGGUCUCUACGGCGCAAGAAAGGAUUACAAGAGAUUGGACUCGUUGUUCGAAAGGCUCGACUCUGAUCCCAAUAUAAAUAAGAAGGAAUUGCAUCUCGUUGUUGCGAGCAUUUACGAAAGGGCUAACAGACUUAACGAUGCAUCUCGGAUUAUGAGCAGGAUGAACGAAAUGGCAAUCUCGAGAUCAUGACUCUGCAUUCUACAUUCCUGUACAGUAUGUUUUACUAACACAUUAAUGAAUUCUUUACUUCUUGAACAUCAUUGUAUAAUAUGUAUAUUGCCACACCAAAAAAAAAAAAAAAAAAAAACCACCCUGGUCAAUGAUGCA